AGUCUUUUUCCAAUCUUGCAUUUGAUUGUUUACUUUUCUCUUUCUCAUUGAUUUAGAUGAUUAAUUAAUUGUUUCUGUUUCAUUUUUUAUUCUUAAAUUGUUAUUAACAUAAUCUUCUUAGUGUCCUGGUAUUGGAUUAUUGUUAUUUUAUUUUCUUCUAUGGUUUGUUGUGUCUUUAGGAGGUGAUUUUAUUUGCUGGUGUUGUUGGUUUUAAUUUUUUUUUUCUAUUCUUAUUUGUGUUUGUGUGUGUCUGGUGUUAAACCGGCAAAUUCAUCAUUAUGGAUGAUGAGGGUGAUAUGUUUGAUGAAGGGGAUAAUGCCGAAAUCGCACCAGAUUUAUGGCAAGAAGCUUGUUGGGUUGUGAUUAGUUCAUAUUUCGAUGAGAAAGGUUUGGUUAGACAACAAUUGGACUCUUUCGAUGAGUUUAUUGAUAUGUCGGUGCAGAAGAUUGUUGAAGAUUCAGCUCUCAUUGAAUUACAGGCUGAAGCUCAACAUGCUUCUGGUGAAGUUGAAAAUCCUCCAAGAUAUGUGUUGAAAUUUGAGCAACUUUACUUAUCCAAACCUACUCAUUGGGAAAAAGAUGGUGCACCAGCUCCUAUGUUACCUAAUGAAGCAAGACUACGUAAUUUAACUUAUGCUGCUCCUCUUUAUGUUGAUGUCACCAAAACAGUUAUCAAGGAAGGUCAGGAACCAGUUGAAACUCAACAUCAGAAAACAUUUAUUGGUAAAAUUCCAGUCAUGUUACGAUCAAAAUCUUGCUACUUGUAUGGUUUAACUGAUCGUGAUUUAACUGAACUAAAUGAAUGUCCACUUGAUCCUGGUGGAUAUUUCAUCAUCAAUGGAUCUGAAAAGGUUUUAAUUGCCCAGGAAAAGAUGGCAACUAAUUCUGUAUAUGUUUUUAGUAUGAAAGACUCAAAAUAUGCCUAUAAAGCUGAAUGUCGUUCUUGUAUUGAACACUCAUCUCGACCAACAAGUACACUUUGGGUUAAUAUGCUUUCCAGAGGAAGUCAUGGAACUAAAAAAACCGCUAUUGGACAACGAAUCAUUGCCAUUAUUCCCUACAUCAAACAAGAGAUUCCAAUUAUGAUUGUUUUCCGUGCUCUUGGUUUUGUCGCUGAUCGAGAUAUUUUAGAACAUAUUGUUUACGAUUUUGAAGAUCCCGAAAUCAUGGAAAUGGUUAAACCUUCACUAGACGAAGCUUUCGUUGUGCAAGAGCAAAAUGUUGCUCUCAAUUUCAUCGGUGUUAGAGGUGCAAGACCUGGUGUUACCAAAGAGAAAAGAAUCAAAUAUGCCAAAGAAAUUUUACAGAAAGAAAUGUUACCUCAUGUUGGUAUAAGUGAUUAUUGUGAGACAAAGAAAGCUUAUUAUCUUGGUUAUAUGGUACAUCGACUUUUGGUUGCGGCUUUGGGUCGUCGUGAACUAGAUGACAGAGAUCAUUAUGGUAAUAAAAGGCUUGAUUUAGCUGGUCCAUUGAUGGCUUACCUUUUCCGUGGACUUUUCAGAAAUUUAACAAAAGAAGUACGAAUGUAUGCUCAGAAAUUCAUCGACAGUGGAAAAGAUUUUAAUCUUGAUCUUGCGAUUAAAACAAGAAUAAUUUCUGAUGGAUUAAGAUACUCCCUGGCUACCGGUAAUUGGGGUGAUCAAAAGAAAGCUCAUCAAGCUCGUGCCGGUGUUUCACAAGUACUUAACAGAUUAACCUACGCUUCAACUUUAUCCCAUCUUCGUCGUGUCAAUUCACCAAUUGGUCGUGAUGGUAAAUUAGCUAAACCUCGUCAACUUCACAACACUUUAUGGGGUAUGAUUUGUCCCGCUGAAACUCCCGAAGGUCAUGCUGUCGGUUUAGUCAAAAAUUUAGCUCUUAUGGCUUACAUUUCCGUUGGUUCAAAUCCAUCUCCAAUUCUUGAAUUCUUGGAGGAAUGGAGUAUGGAAAAUCUUGAAGAAACUGCUCCUUCAACUAUUGCUGAUGCAACGAAAAUCUUUGUAAAUGGUUGUUGGGUUGGAAUUCAUCGUGAACCCGAUCUACUUAUGGCAACUCUCAGGAAACUUCGUCGUCAAAUGGACAUCGUUGUAUCAGAAGUAUCUAUGGUUCGUGAUAUUCGUGACAGAGAGAUUAGAAUUUUUACCGACGCGGGUCGAAUUUGUCGACCUUUACUGAUUGUCGAAAAUCAGAAACUUUUACUCAAAAAGAGUCACAUUGACAUGUUAAAAGAAAGAGAAUACAAUAAUUACAGUUGGGGUGAUCUGGUUGGAAGUGGUGUCGUUGAAUAUAUUGACACAUCAGAAGAGGAAACCGUCAUGAUUGCCAUGACACCCGAUGAUUUACAAGACAUUGAAAUGGCCUAUUGUUCAACUUAUACCCAUUGUGAAAUUCAUCCGUCCAUGAUUCUUGGUGUUUGUGCUUCCAUCAUUCCCUUUCCCGAUCACAACCAAUCACCUCGUAACACUUAUCAAUCUGCUAUGGGUAAACAAGCCAUGGGUGUUUAUAUUACCAAUUUUCAUGUUCGUAUGGACACUUUAGCCCAUGUACUUUAUUAUCCACAAAAACCAUUGGUCACCACUAGAUCCAUGGAGUAUUUACGUUUCAGAGAAUUACCUGCUGGAAUUAAUUCAAUUGUCGCCAUCAUGUCCUACACUGGAUACAAUCAAGAAGAUUCCGUUAUUUUAAAUUCAUCAGCCAUCGAUCGUGGUUUCUUUAGAUCUGUUUUCUAUCGAUCUUACAAAGAUGCCGAGUUAAAAAGACUUGGUGAUCAAGAAGAACAAUUUGAAAGGCCAAGUCGUGAUACAUGUCAAAAUAUGCGUAAUGCAAUUUAUGAUAAACUUGAAGAUGAUGGUAUAAUUGCCCCAGGUAGCAGAGUGUCAGGUGACGAUGUUAUCAUCGGCAAAACAGUUUUAUUACCUGAAAACGAAGAUGAACUCGAAGCAACGACCAAAAAGUUUGUUAAAAGAGAUGCAUCAACUUUCCUUCGUAAUAGUGAAACCGGUAUUGUUGAUCAAGUGAUGAUCACAAUUAACAACGAUGGUUACAAAUUUUGUAAAAUAAGAGUACGAUCAGUUAGAAUACCACAAAUUGGUGACAAAUUUGCCUCUCGUCACGGACAAAAGGGAACUUGUGGUAUUCCUUACAGGCAAGAAGACAUGCCUUUCACUUGUGAAGGUAUUACACCAGAUAUUAUUAUCAAUCCUCACGCUAUUCCAUCUCGUAUGACCAUUGGUCACUUGAUUGAAUGUCUCCAAGGAAAAGUAUCAGCCAACAAAGGGGAAAUUGGUGAUGCAACUCCUUUCAACGAUACAGUAAAUGUCCAAAAAAUUUCAGAGCUUCUUGCCGAAUAUGGUUAUCAUUUAAGAGGUUACGAAGUGAUGUUUAAUGGUUAUACUGGUCGUAAAGUAAAUGCUCAAAUUUUCUUAGGACCAACUUAUUAUCAGCGUCUUAAACACAUGGUAGACGAUAAGAUUCAUUCCCGAGCUCGAGGUCCUGUUCAAAUUUUAGUACGACAACCGAUGGAAGGUCGUGCAAGAGAUGGAGGUUUACGUUUCGGUGAAAUGGAACGUGAUUGUCAAAUCGCUCAUGGAGCAGCUCAAUUUUUGAGAGAACGUCUUUUCGAGGUUUCCGAUCCAUAUCGAGUUCACGUAUGCAACUUAUGUGGCCUAAUCUGUAUCGCUAAUCUCCGUAACAAUACAUUCGAAUGUAAAAAUUGUCGCAACAAAACUCAAAUCUCUCAAGUCAGACUACCUUAUGCUUGUAAACUUUUAUUCCAAGAAUUAAUGUCAAUGCAAAUCGCUCCUCGUAUCGUUGUUUAAAUUGUCACCACCACAACAACAACAACAACAACAUUCAAACUCGAAAAAGCAAAAAAAAACAAAUGUAAUUUUUUCCUUUCCCAAUUUAACACCAAAAUGUUUCAUCAUUUUCAUCAGAAAAUAAUAAACACAAUUAUUCAUAAUAAGAAAA